UGGAGGGGAACAGGGGGUGAGAUGCGAAGGAACAUACUUAGAUAUUGACCUGUUUAUUAACUACACUCCACCCCCACACCUUGAUAUUCAUUGAGCUUCUGUCGGCUCUUUUUGGUGACAUUGAAUACUCUGGCAGUUUAUUGACUGUCCAUCUAAUCUCGAUAAAAUAAACGACGUCGCCGAUUUUUUAAGACGCACUGCGAAAUACGUAAUAAUUCGAGCGAAAGAGAAAAGAUAUAUAAUUAUAUCGACAUCGAAGGGGUUUUUACCAAGUCGGCAAAAAAGAAGAGAAGGUCAAACGAAAGACACUUUGUAUGGACCAACACUUCGAACCAACUGAUAAUACAUCGAAAAUCGUUAAACGGAGGAAAAGACAGAAAUAACAUGGUAUCUUGACCUUUCGACGCCAACGGGUCGUUGGGAAGGGCAAGUUUUUUCUUUUCUUUUUGUUCGCAUCGUGAACGACAAGGGAGUCUUAAGCGAUGCCUGGGGAUACAUGGGAACUCUUCAAGCGGUACGACAAUUCGAACGAAACACCGAGCGGCUUCAACUAUCGAUCGACCGUUGAAGGACUUCUCAUUCCGUUUUUUAUAAUAUCAUGGAUUUGCGUAUUGUUAAGGAUACAUACCCGCUAUCGACUUCAAUGUUUGGGAUGGGACGAUUUAUUUGUUGUACUGUUUCGGAUUAUUGCGACGGUGGGAACGGCGUUCGUCUUGCUAUUAUUUGAUUAUGGCUUCGGCAAGCAUUUCUGGGCGCUUGGUCCGUCGGAUCGGUCAGGGUUUCUCAAGACCUUCUACAUCGCACUAUUAUCAUACACCAUAUCCACAAUCCUCACCAAACUGUGCCUGCUGACGCAGUACCUCCGAUUAUUCGAGGACGACCGCCGCGUGCGCAAGAUCUGCUGGUUCUUCAUCGUCGUGUCGGCGCUGUGGGGCCUCGCCUUCGGCGUCAUCGCCAUCGUACCCUGCGUCCCGCUCUCGGGCUUCUGGAAUUGGGAGGAGAAGUCGUAUUGUUACGGCUUCGGGUCCAAGGACUCGAACGAGAUUGGCGCUACGUAUGCCGCGCACGUCAGCACCAAUGUCAUCCUUGAUCUGGGCGUGCUGGCCAUUCCGAUUCCGCUGUACUUUCAGACGUUCAGGCAGAAGAAGCAAAGACUUGGGUUUUCUGUGAUUCUUUUGCUUGGAAUUGGCGUCAAUAUCAUCAGCAUAUGGCGUCUAUACACCAUCAUCAAGACGCGUGCAGGCACAUAUCCCGUCGCGGACCCGACGUUCUAUGCGCCGCAGAGUAUCGUCCUCGCGGCGCUCGAGGUCGACCUCGCCUCCAUCGUGGCCUCGAUCCCCGUCUUCUGGCCCAUAAUAACGCAGACCUGGGGCAAGAUCUGGGUAACACAGGAGGUCCACGUGACGCGGCACCACCGCCGGCUCUCAGGCAACGACGACACCGACCGGACCUUUGAGCUCCCGCACUUCGCGUCCUCGGAGCGCUCGCGCCGCGAUAGCGACGGCAGCUUGAAGCUCGUUAUCAUGGACACGGAUGGCGUCAGCAGCAGCCGCAGCCGCAGCCAUCACCGACGAGACAGUAGUAGCAGUCGCGCGCCCGAACGGCCGCCGCCGGCGAUGGUAGGAGGCUACGACAAGAACGACCCGUACGUGCGCGGCAGGGUAUACCCGCUCGAGGGCGCCUGCGUGUCCUCCGAGGCGCAGGUCGUGUCGGAAGGCCAGCGUGGCUUCGAGCGGAAUUACAGAGAACACUUUGGCCAGGCGCCGCCGCUGCUGGCGGAUAUCAAAGCCGAUGAGAUCCGGUAUAGCAGUGAUCGGCCGAGCAAAGACGGGGAACGAUCGUGGAGCCUCUCAAUUUCGAGGAAGUCUUCGCGGCGAUUCUGAAAAUCAAAGCGUAAUGAAUUGAAAAAAAUAUCGAUCGUUACGGUACUAUUUGAGAGGAGAGAUUUUAUCUAAUAGAAAUUUGUUUACAUGGCAUGGCAUAGGCGACGGCAUUUCGGACGGAGGGAAGGCAAAGGGAGGAAACGUGAUUAGAAACUAUUUACCUACAUAUGUAGGUAACCUAUUUGGAUGCUUAUGGUACUUGUAAUGCUGUUUUUGUAUAUACGCUCUAUACCCACUCGUAUCAUAUGCAUCAAUAUCAUGGAAUUUCAGCUUUA